CAAUAACUCACUAUGUUCACUCUCUCCCUGGUACUACAACGAACAAUGGAACAAUGCAGCUCUUCUGUGGUCCAGGCUGGCGUUUCUGAGCUGAGGCUCUACCCCUUCACAGACUGAGAGCUGUGAUGCUGCACACCGCCGAAGAUGAGCGAGGUGAGACGGUCAACAUCAAGCUCCUAUCGGCCGAGGUCCAGCUGGAUAAAGAGGCCAAAAAGAGAAUGGAAACCUUUGGAGGACCGGAGCUGCACGGAUCUGCCAUGGUUCCUGUUAUUUACAUUGUUCCUUGUGGGAAUGUGUGGCAUCUGUGGGUUUACCAUCGCGACUGGAGGGGCGGCGCGGCUCGUCUUCGGAUAUGACAGCUACGGGAACACGUGCGGCCAACGCAACGAGCCCAUCGAAGGGGUCCGGCUGAGUGGUCUCGACCAUACUGACAGAAAAUUCGUCUUUUUCCUGGAUCCGUGCAACAUAGACAUCAUUCAGAGGAAAAUAAAGUCCAUGGCGCUCUGCGUCUCACAAUGUCCCACCGAGGAACUGGCGACUUACUACGACCUCAAGAGGUUUGCCAUGAUGAAUGGGUCUGAGCUUUGUUCAUAUGAGUUACCUGGUCAUAAGUACCCAAGCCUUCCAGAGCGCUUCGAAAAGUGUCCCAAACUUCCAGUCCCAGAGAGCAAAGCUCUUCCAGUGUUUAGCCGCUGCACGCCGGUGGAUAUUUCCUGCUAUGCUAAGUUUGCUGAAGCGGUGGUCACGUUUGUCAGUGAUAACAGCAUGUUAAACAGGCUGAUUGCCGGGGUGGCGGCCAGCAAAGAGAUCAUUGUUGGGCUGUGUCUGAUGGCGUUAGUUUUGUCCAUGAUCCUCAUGGUGAUAAUUCGUUACAUCUCUGCUGUCCUGGUUUGGAUCCUCACUGCACUGGUGGUUCUGGGUUCCCUGGGAGGUACCAGCGUUCUGUGGUGGUUGUACAUAGACUAUAGAAUGACAAUGAAUGAGACCAUGACUAAAGAUCUGAGGGAAAGAGAGGAACCCAACGGUGGCAUGAAGACCACCAAAGACCACGCUCAAGGACUGCUCAUCUACGCCGUUUCAGCGACCGUGUUCACUGGAAUUUUGUUGCUUCUGAUGUUGUUUAUGAGGAAGAGGGUGGCUCUGACCAUCGCCCUGUUUCAUGUGGCGGGAAAAGUGUUUAUCCACCUGCCGCUGUUGGCUCUGCAGCCCUUCUGCACAUUCCUCGCUCUUUCUCUGUUUUGGGUCUACUGGAUCAUGGUCCUCCUCUUCCUGAGCACCACUGGGAACCCGGAGAAGAACGAGGAUACUGGCCUGGUUGAGUUCAGGCUCACAGGAGCGCUGCAGUACAUGACCUGGUACCACGCAGUGGGACUGAUCUGGAUCAGUGAGUUCAUCCUGGCUUGUCAGCAGAUGACUGUAGCCGGUGCUGUGGUAACCUACUAUUUCACAAGGGACAAAACCAAACUCCCGGUGACGCCCAUCCUGUCAUCAGUGCUGCGGCUGGUGCGGUAUCACCUGGGCACUGUGGCCAAGGGCUCCUUCAUCAUCACCCUCGUCAAGAUCCCGCGCCUCAUUCUCAUGUACAUCCACAACCAACUCAAAGGAAAGGAAAAUGCUUGUGCACGCUGCAUGCUGAAGGCCUGUAUCUGCUGUCUGUGGUGUCUGGAGAAGUGCCUCAAUUAUUUGAAUCAGAAUGCAUAUGCGGCGACGGCCAUAAACAGCACCAGUUUCUGCACCUCGGCCCGCGAUGCCUUCGUGAUCCUGGUGGAAAACGCUCUUAGGGUGGCAACCAUCAACACCGUUGGAGAUUUUGUUCUCUUUCUGGGCAAGUAUUACUACAACAACGGCACACCUGGGAGGGAGUUCUACAUGGACAAGGCCCUGAUGGAGUUUGUGGAGAACAGCAGGAAGUCAAUGGCGGUGGAGGAGCGGGGGCGCAGCAAGCGCGCCCGUCCCAAGGAAGAGGUAGAGUUGACGGAGGUUAAGGCCAUGGUGAGUGGUGACGUGGGCGUGGCAGAGGCGGAGUGGCAGGCCUUGCAGGAGUUCCACCUGUACUACCUGCUGCUGUGUGUGCUGAUGGACUGGGCCCUGUCGGAGCACACACUGGUGCUCUGCCUCACACAAGACAUGAUCAUCUUCCUGUCUGUCUGCCUGCCCACCUCCACCCUCUUCUUCCUGGUCACAUUGCUCCAGAACACGCCUGUGGCUGCUGCUGCUGCAUGCUGACUAACGCUUCCUCACCUCCUUCAUCAAUCUAUCAUUUCAUCUAUCCUUUCUAUGGAUCACACUAACAGAGCAUGAACUUCUAAUUUUUUAUCUGUGGAUUAUUAUUAUUAUUAUUUUUUAAAUCUUUUUUUCAUUCCUUUCUUGCCUCUUCUUUUUUAUUGACUGUCUUGAACUCAUAUGGCAGCUAUAAACUGUACUUAUAUAUCCGUUGCCUUAAAAUCACCAUGUUGCUAUUUGGAGGAAAGAUAAUUGAAACUGCCAAGCUGGAAAAACAAGAGGAGUAGAGAAAAGGAAAGACAUUAUCUCUCAUGCUGAUGGUCAUAUUUUCCACAACUCCCAAUUAGCAAAUUGCUGAACAAUGGCAAAUUGUGCAGUUUCACUAUCAAAAUUAUAAGUGGGUCUGGAAGAACACAGUUUGUUUGGUACAUAAGAUUAGGACUGACUGUAUAUGGGUUGUUGACAUGAAAUGUUAAUCAUUUCUGUGUGACGUUCCUCAAAUUGACUAGUCAGUGUAUUGUAGGAUGACUAGUCAGUUUUAAAGAAAACCAUCUGACCCUGAUCACUCAAUAAUUGACAAUUCAUGCUUUAUUUAAAGGGAUAUUUCACCGCAAAAAUGAAAAUUUUGUCAUUAAUUACUCACCCUCAUGU